ACACACACUCGUCACAAACACACAACUCCUCACAAACGCAAACACCUCCUCACAUACACUCCUCCUCACAUAUACUCCUCCUCACACACUCCUCCUCCUCACACACUCCUCCUCCUCACACACUUCUCCUCACACAAUCCUCUCAGGCAGGCAGCAGGAUCUCCUCGUCACCAUGGGUAAAAUCAACCGCUGUCUGAAGUGCGUCUUCGUCCUGCUCAACGCCGUGUUCGGGAUCUUUGGAGGUUUUAUGAUAUUUGGACUUGUGAAGGCCCAAGCAGUUGAACCACAGCUGCCCAGCGAGGUGGGCCCUUGGCUCUGGGCUGGACUGUGGGUGUUCUCCUUGGGGAUGCUGAUGGUUUCCAUCCUCGGGGAGACGGCCGCCAAGACAGAGAAGACGGCACUGCUCAAAGUGUUUGCAGGUCUGAUGGUGGCCGUAAUGAUCAUCAUGAUGAUCUUAGGGAUCGUCAUGGCUUCCUACAGAAACAAGGAAAAGGUGUCCUUUGAGAACAUCUCUCCUGACAUUGUGGGAGAGAUGAUGGCAAAAAACAAUGUACGAGAAAUCCUCAACAACGCCCAAGGGCCGCUCCAGUGCUGUGGCAUUAUGAGCUAUCAGGACUGGGGGAACAGCAUCCCUGGAUCCUGUAAGUGGAUCCUGACAAUGUGCUGUUACUCUGGCAACAUGCUGUUACCCUGA